UGUCAAAAAAUGUGUGGUACAUAGUGCUUUGACUGACUCCGUAAAUCGUGCAAAUUCUCUAAAAUGCAGAACAAGGAAAAAGGAAAUUUUAAACCGAAAAACAGGAAAACCUUCAAAAAGAAAACUCAGCAAAACAAAAUUAACGAAGAUGACGAGAUAAAGGAGAUUCAAUCAAAAUACGAUUCUAUAGUGCCGAGCAACGUGAAGUGUUUCGAUGACCUCCCGCUUUCGUACAAAACGAAGAAGGCACUCAAGGAGUGUAACUACAAAACUCCAACGGAUAUUCAACGCGAAAGCAUCGGAUAUGCAUUGCAGGGUCGUGAUGUUCUGGGAGCAGCGGUGACUGGAAGUGGAAAGACGUUGGCGUUCCUGGUUCCGGUUUUGGAAAAGCUUUACACUCAGAAAUGGUCUCGCAUGGACGGUACGGGCGCUAUCAUUAUCUCACCUACCCGAGAACUUGCUUACCAAAUAUUCGAAACGCUCAGAAAGGUUGGAGCCAAACACGACUUCUCCGCCGGUCUCAUUAUUGGAGGAAAAAAUUUAAAAUUUGAACGAGGUCGUAUGGAUCAAUGCAACAUCAUGAUUUGUACUCCAGGGCGGCUUUUACAACACAUGGACGAGAACCCACUUUUCAACGCCACUUCCAUGCAAAUACUCGUAUUGGACGAAGCUGACCGCUGCCUGGAUAUGGGAUUUGAACAAACGAUGAACGCCAUUAUUGAAAAUUUGCCACCUGAAAGGCAAACGCUUCUAUUUUCAGCUACGCAGACGAAAUCAGUGAAGGAUUUGGCAAGAUUAAGUCUGGACAAUCCAGUCUACGUAGCCCCACACGAGCAGCAAAUGACCACGCCGCAAUCACUACAGCAAAACUAUGUUGUAAUUAACCUAGAAGACAAAAUCACGAUGCUUUGGUCCUUCAUCAAGAAUCAUUUGAAGCAGAAAUGCAUUGUGUUCAUGUCGAGCUGCAAACAGGUGAAGUACAUUUACGAAAUUUUUUGUAAGCUUCGUCCUGGAACAAGUUUACUGGCUUUGUACGGAACUUUACAUCAAGACAGACGUGUGGCAAUCUACAACGAAUUCAUGAGAAAGAGCAACGUCGUGCUUUUCGCUACCGAUGUGGCCUCACGUGGUUUGGAUUUUCCGGUCGUCAAUUGGGUCAUCCAGCUUGAUUGUCCUGAAGACGUUACUCAGUACAUCCACCGAGCGGGAAGAACUGCAAGACACAAGGCGAAAGGAGAAAGCUUGCUCGUUCUCUUGCCAAGCGAAGAAGAAGCAAUGAUAGAAGAAUUGACGCAGAAAAAAAUCUCUAUCAAUAAGAUAAGUAUAGAUCCACGCAAAAUGUUCUCACCUAGAGCCAAAAUGGAAGCAUUCCUGGCUCAAAACAAGGAGUUGAAAGAGAGUGCACAACGUGCUUUCGUCUCAUAUAUCAAGUCAGUGAUAUUAAUGAAGAAUAAAAAAGUUUUCAACGUAGAAGCAUUGGAUACAGACGCAUACGCGAGAAGUUUGGGGCUAGUGGUUGUACCACGAAUAAGAUUCCUGCAGAGACUGAAGAAACGGCAACAAAAGCAGAAGGAGGGUCGUGAAAGUGCUAGCAGUGAAUCAUCUGAAGAGGAGGAAGAAGAAAAGCCUGUACAAAAGGAGCAAAACAAGUUGAUUCUGGCACAUUCAAGCGAAGACGAAGAUAAUGACGACGAUCUUUUCACCAUAAAACGAAAGGACCAUGAAGUAGACACACAAAUAGGUGAAGACGAACAUGCAGACAUCUCCCUUGCUAAGAAUCCCGCAAAGGCACCCAAGAUAGUAACUAAGGCCGCCCUGGCGAAACGUGUACUGAAAAAGAAAAUAGUGGCUAACAAAAAAGUGGUAUUCGACGAAGAAGGUGAACAGCUGAAAGAUCCAACAAAACAUCUUCAAUCUGAUCUCGCUCGUGAGUACGAAAAUGAAGACGAAGACGACGGUGGUGGUAUCGAUAUUGAAAAGGCAAAACGGUUGUUGCGCGAAGAGGACAAAUUCGAUAAAGAACGUUUCAGAGAGAAAAUUAAAGCCAAACGGAAAGCAAAGAAACAGAAGUUGAAGAAGAAACGAGACGAUGAUCAACAGGAAUUGGAUGAUUUCGGAAGUGACGAAGAUGAUGACGUUGACUUAUCAUGGUUACCGGAUCCUGACAAAAUAUAUGGACCUAAAAAUUCGGAUGAGGAAAGUGUUUCGGAUGCUGAGAGUGAAAUUCAUCAGUUGCCUACGAAACUUUUUGAAAAACCGAGAAAUAAGAGAGAAUUGUCUGUUAGUAUGUCUGAGAAUAGUUCAGCGGAUGAAGACGAAGAGGAGGAUAAGCGAAGUAAACCUAUCAAGAAGAAAGCGAAGAAAAUGGCGAGUAAAUUAUCUGUUGACGAGGCAGAAAUGUUGGCAAUGCGACUGCUGGGCAGUGAAUGAAUGGUUUGAAUUCAUGCUACUGUAUAAUAAGAAAUAAACAUAUUUUAACU